AUGUAUUUUUUCCUGAUCAAUUUGGCCUUGUUGGAUAUCAUUUGCACAGCCACAGUGGUGACCACGUUGUUGGAGAACCUGGUGGAGGAGAAGAAAGCCAUCUCCUUUGUUGGGUGCAUGACCCAGGUCUACAUCUUCUCUUGGGCUUUGGGUUCUGAGCCCCUUCUUUUCACAGCUAUGGCUUAUGAUAGGUAUGUGGCUAUUUGCCGGUCCCUGCAUUAUAGCACUCUGAUGAAUAAGAAGAUCUGUGGGGUGUUGGUGACUGGGCUAUGGAUUAUGGGUGGGCUGGAUUCUGGAAUGCACACAGCGAUGCUGGUACAAUUGUCUUUCUGUUGUCCUAAUGUGAUUGAUCACUUUCUCUGUGUGAUCGCCCCAGUCCUGCCACUCCCUUGCUCCUCAACAAAGGUGAAUGAGCUUAUGACCCUUGUGACAGAUCUCCUCUUGGGUGGUACCAAUUUCUUUCUGACCAUAAUGUCCUCUGGCUUUAUCAUUGCCAACAUCUUGAAGAUCCAGUCUGAAGAGGGGAAGAAGAGGGCAUUCUCUACCUGUUCCUCCCACCUCAUGGUGGUCACCAUGUACUAUUUUGCUGUAUUUUGUGCUUAUAUAAGUCCAUGUGCCAGCUAUUCUCCUGAAAAAGGGAAGGCUGUGGCUGUGCUGUAUAGCACUGUGAGCCCUGCUGUAAAUCCACUAAUCUAUACUCUGAGGAACAAGGAUGUCAAAGCAUCCCUCAGAAAACUCUUGGUGGGGUGGUUCUCGUUUUAG